AUGUCCUCCUCUCCGCCCCUCGCAACCAAAACCCCGGAAAGCGAUGCCCAGGAGCCGCCCACCACCACUACCUCCACGUCUAUCUUCCCUCAAGACUCCCCGGCUCAAUCAGGCCCAAGCAUGGGCGGCAUGGACGCGCACUGCACGACCGAUCGACCCUCCCCAUCAUCACAAACCCCAACCGGCGAGCUCACCAAAUUCAACGACGACAUAGACGUCUAUAUCUCCAAGCCCGCAGACUAUCCACACUCACCAUCUAAACUGCUUCUCCUCCUUACCCCGGGCACAGGUGUCAAGUCAACGAACAACCAGCUGCAGGCUGACAGGUACGCGGGCGAGGGUUUCGUGGUCGUGAUGCCAGAUCAAUUUGGUGGGGAUCCAGCACCAAAUACCACAGCCUCAGCGGCAGAGAGUGCCAGCAAUGGUGGUGAGGAAAAUGUCUCGCUAAUCGAGCAGGUGAAGCUUCGAGCGGCAGAGACGGCCAAGAGCUUCAUGAUCGACAUGUGGUUGGCCCGACAUACGCCUGAGAAGGUGGCACCGAUUCUGCACAAGGUACUGGAAAGUGCGAAGGAUGAGUUUGCGGAUGCAGUGGCGAAUGGUGGAGGGGUAUAUGCGGCGGGUUAUUGCUUUGGUGGGAAAUACGUUAUGAUGUUGGCUGGGAAGCAGCAGGGUCCCGAGACGGAGGGAAGGCAUGAGGAGGAGGUAAAGGCGGAUAGGCGGCCAUUGAUCAAGGCUGGGGCAAUUGCGCACGCCACUUUGGUCACCCGUGAAGAUAUAACGGCGAUUGAGGCGCCAGUGAGCAUCGUCUGUGUGGAAAACGAUCAGCUCUUUCCUGAAGAUAUCCUCGAAGAAGGACGGAAACAUCUUCAGAACCAGAACAUCGACCACGAAAUCAAGACAUAUCCAGGCGUGCCACAUGGCUUCGCAGUGGUAGGCGAGUACGAAAACCCGAAGAUCAAAGACGCACAGACCGCUGCAUUUGAGCAGAUGCUCUCGUGGCUCAAGACGCAUUGA